AUGGCUAACGAACAAUUUGAAGAGGAUUCAGGUCACCGUCAAUCUGAAGAUAGAUAUAUCGAAGAAAAUUUAGAAUUACCAGAUUAUAGAGCAAGUAACGAUUUUAGUGAUCAAACUAAUUUAGAUGAUUUAGAACAAGAAUAUAAUCAAUAUAAAGGUGAAGAAAAUAUUAUUAAUACAGGUUCAACCACAAUCAAUAAUCAUUCAAAUCAAUUUGAUAUUUCAAAAAAAUUAAAUACAAAAAUUAGUCAAACUUCCUUUUUAAAUGAUUCUUCACCAUUAGAAAAUGAUUCAAACAUUAAUAUUCCUUCAUUUCAUGAACAUAGAUUAUCAUUUAAAGAUUAUUACCGUCAUGAUUUAAAAGAAUACUGUAGUUUGAAAUCUGUUGGGAAUUAUUGUCUUUCUUUGUUCCCAGUGGUCCAAUGGUUACCACAUUACAAUUACAUAUGGUUUAUUCAAGAUUUAAUUGCAGGUAUCACCAUUGGUUGUGUACUUGUUCCACAAUCUAUGUCAUAUGCUCAAAUUGCUACUUUACCACCACAAUAUGGUCUUUAUUCUUCAUUUAUCGGUGCUUUCAUAUAUUCCUUAUUUGCAACAUCAAAGGAUGUUUGUAUCGGUCCUGUAGCCGUCAUGUCGUUAGAGACUGCAAAAGUCAUCGCUAACGUUACAGAAAAAUUAUCCGCUGAUACUGACAUUACUGCUCCAAUAAUUGCCACUACAUUAGCAUUUUUAUGUGGUAUCAUUGCAUUAGGUGGUGGGCUAUUAAGACUUGGAUUCCUUGUGGAAUUAAUUUCUUUAAACGCUGUCUCAGGUUUCAUGACAGGUUCUGCUUUAAACAUUAUUAGUGGUCAAGUUCCAUCUUUGAUGGGUUAUAGUUCCAAAUUAAAUACAAGACAAUCAACUUAUAAAGUCAUCAUUGAUACUUUGAAACAUUUACCAGAUACCAAAUUAGAUGCCGUCUUUGGUUUGAUUCCUUUAGUGCUAUUAUAUACUUGGAAAUGGUGGUGUAAUAGUAUGGGUCCAAAAUUAGCUGAAAGACAUUAUGCUAGAACUAACCCCAAAUUAAAUUUCUAUUUACAAAAAUUUUAUUUCUAUGCUCAAGCUUGUAGAAAUGCUAUUAUUAUCAUUAUUUUCACUUGUAUCUCUUGGGCUAUCACCAGAGGUAAGACUAAAGCUGAAAGAAAAAUUAAAGUAUUAGGUACUGUACCAUCAGGCUUAAAAGAUGUUGGGGUCUUCGAAUUACGUGAAGAUUUAAUGUCUAAACUUGCACCAGAAUUACCUGCAUCUGUUAUUGUGUUAUUAUUGGAACAUAUUUCAAUCGCCAAAUCAUUUGGUAGAGUUAACGAUUAUAAGAUUGUACCAGAUCAAGAAUUGAUUGCUAUUGGUGUCACAAAUUUGUUAGGUACAUUUUUUAUGGCUUAUCCUGCUACUGGUUCAUUUUCAAGAUCUGCUUUAAAGGCUAAAUGUAACGUUAAGACUCCAUUUUCUGGUGUAAUUAGUGGUGCUUGUGUUUUGCUGGCUCUUUAUUGUUUAACAAGUGCUUUCUUCUAUAUUCCAUCUGCUACAUUAUCUGCUGUCAUUAUUCAUGCUGUUUCUGAUUUAGUGGCUUCUUACGAAACUACAUGGAAUUUCUGGAAGAUGAAUCCAUUAGACUGUCUAUGUUUUGUUGUAACUGUCUUCAUUACCGUCUUUUCUUCUAUUGAAAAUGGUAUUUAUUUUGCUAUGUGUUGGUCUGCUGCAUUAUUGAUCCUUAAAGUUACUUUUCCAGCAGGUAAGUUCCUUGGUUUUAUCCAAAUUGCUGAAGUAAUUAAUGGGAACAUUGUUAACGAUCCAUCAAUUACAAUCUCUGAAUCAUUAUCAGAAAAUGAAGAAGAUUCGAGUAAUAACGAAUACACUAAAGAAGAUAAAUCUAAUUUUGCUAAAUUAAAAGGUAAAAUGUUUUCGUCUUCCACCAAAGGUAACACAAAUCAAGAAUUCAAUAGUGAUGAAUACAAGAAGAAUUUAUACGAAACAAUGAAUAAGGAUGAAUCCAGCGAAUCUACUUCCAAAUUGAAUUAUUACACUAAAUGGGUACCAUUCGAUCAUGCUUAUACAAAGGAAUUAAAUCCUGAUUGUAACAUAUUAGCUCCACCACCAGGUAUAUUAGUUUACAGACUAUCUGACAGUUACACAUACUUAAACUGUUCAAGACAUUUUGAUAUCAUAUUUGAUGAAGUCAAGAAACAAACAAAGAGAGGAAAAUUGAUUCAGCACUCAAAGAAAUCCGAUCGUCCUUGGAAUGAUCCUGGCCCAUGGGAGGCUCCAACGUUUUACAAAAGUUUAUUCAAGAAAGGUAAACUACCAUGGUUCUCUAAAAAUAAAAAGAGAGAAAAUGAUAGCGAGGAUAUUGCCUCAGGGUUCGAUCAAAAUACUAACCUUGAUUCUGGUGUUGUUAUUGAUGAAAGACCACUAUUAAAAAUUAUUUGUUUGGAUUUCUCCCAAGUUUCACAAGUUGAUGCUACAGCUUUACAAUCUCUGGUAGAUUUAAGAAAAGCCAUUAACAAAUAUGCGGAUAGACAAGUAGAGUUCCACUUUGCUGGUAUUACAUCACCAUGGGUGAAAAAAGGUUUAGUGAACAUGAAAUUUGGUACUACAAACGAAGAGUACAGUGAUGAAUCUAUAAUAACAGGUCAUACUAGUUACCAUUUAGCUAGAUCUCAAAAGAGUUCAGAUGAUAGCAGUAACCUUGAUGAUUCUUUUGAAGAUUUAGAAAGCAGAAGAACAUUCCAAAUUAACGUUGCCUCUGGUACUAAUUUACCAUUCUUCCAUUUAGAUAUUCCUGAUUUUUCAAAAUGGAAUAUUUAA